GUUCAACCCCAGACAGGCUCACAACUUCCUUCCUGCUCUCCUACCCCCUCCCGCCGCUCUCCUCCGCCUCUCUCGUCUCCCUCCGCUCCUCUCCGCGCCUCUCCAGCCGCACCGCGGAGCAGCGCCCGAGCGCGGCGCCCCCCCGGCCCCCAAAGAGGGGGGAGCGAAGCAGGCUGCCCGAGCCCGCCCGGGCGCCGGGGCUGCGCGCCCGCGGAGAUGCUGCCCGCAGCGCGAGGCGGCCGCCGCCGCCGGCGGGCGCUGCCGGGCGGCGUGCACUGAGCGCGGAGCCUGCGCGCAGUCGACCCGUUUUAUGGAGCUGCGGGCCGGGGCCGGCCCAGCUCCCCGGCCGCCCCCCGGCGAUGCUGCCGCUCCCGGCGCGGAGAGACCCCCGGCAGCCCUGCGGAGCCUGAGCGCCGCGGCGGCGGCGGCGGCCCCCCUGUGCGCCCCAGCUGACUACUAUGGCCGUGUACUGCUAUGCGCUCAAUAGCUUGGUGAUGAUGAAUAGCAACAGCGAGGUGACGAGCGGCGGGAGCAAGACGCCGCCUCCCCCCAGACAAGCGCUGCCCGGGGGCCCGGAGACGCCCGGCAGCUGCCUCCCGCUGCCCGUCUUCAGCCCGGCGCCCGCGCCGCCCCGGUCGCCGUGCCGCGGCCCCGCUUUCCUCUUCCCGCCGCCCGAGGAGCCCCCGCGGCCGCUGGGCAGCCCCAGGGGGCGGCGGGGCAGCCGGAGCGGCGAGGGGCAGCCGGGUGCCGGGGCGGCGCGCCGCCUGCAGCGGGAGCUGCACAACGUGCAGGUGAACCAGAAAGUGGGGCUCUUCGAGGCGCACAUCCAGGCGCGCGGCUCCACCGCCCGCCCCCCGCCUGGCCCCCGGCCCCCCUCGCCCCGGCCCGCCGGCCCCGCGCCACCGCUUAGCCCCGGCCCCCGACCGCGGGCCCGUGGGCAGAGCCAGGCCCCCACCGGGGGCUCGGCGGAGACGCGGGGUGUGGGGCAGGCACCGGCGGGGCCUGGCGAGGUGGUGGUGGCCCCCGCAGGACCCGAGGGCCGGUGCCCGGCAGGCGGUGGGAGCAUCCCCGCCGUCAUCGUCACGGACCUGGGGGGCCCGGAGGAGGAGGCGGGCGCCGUGCCCCCCGGCGGCCUGCCCGUCCGGAAGCUGUCGUCGUCCUCGGCCUCUUCCACCGGCUUCUCCUCGUCCUGGGAGGAGUCCGAGGAGGACAUCUCCAGUGACCCCGAGCGCAUGCUGGACCAGGCGCCCGCCUUCCUGCAGACCCUGGACCAGCAGAAGCCCCGAGUGAGCAAAUCAUGGCGGAAGAUCAAGAACAUGGUGCACUGGUCCCCAUUUGUGAUGUCCUUUAAGAAGAAGUACCCUUGGAUCCAGCUAGCAGGACAUGCAGGUAGUUUCAAGGCAGCGGCCAAUGGCAGGAUCCUGAAGAAGCACUGCGAGUCGGAGCAGCGCUGCCUGGACCGCCUGAUGAACGAUGUCCUGAAGCCCUACGUCCCUGCCUACCACGGGGACGUCGUGAAGGACGGGGAGCGAUACAACCAGAUGGAAGAUUUGCUGGCUGAAUUUGACUCCCCCUGUGUUAUGGACUGCAAAAUGGGGGUCAGGACCUACUUGGAGGAGGAGCUGAUAAAGGCCAGGAAGAAGCCGAGCCUGCGGAAGGACAUGUACCAGAAGAUGAUCGAGGUGGACCCCGAGGCCCCGACCGAGGAGGAGAACGUGCUGCGGGCGGUGACCAAGCCCCGAUACAUGCAGUGGAGGGAGACCAUUAGCUCCACGGCCACGCUGGGGUUCAGGAUCGAGGGGAUAAAGAAAGAGGACGGCACCGUGAACCGGGACUUCAAGAAGACACGGACAAAGGAGCAGGUCACCGAGGCCUUCAGAGAGUUCACUAAGGGAAACCGCAACAUUUUGAACAGUUACCUUAACCGGUUGAAGGGUAUCCGUGCUACCCUGGAGACAUCCCCAUUCUUUAAGUGCCAUGAGGUAAUUGGGAGCUCCCUGCUUUUCAUUCAUGACAAGAAGGAGCAGGCCAAAGUCUGGAUGAUUGAUUUUGGGAAAACCACGCCACUGCCAGAGGGACAAGUUCUGCAGCACAACGUGCCCUGGGUAGAGGGGAACAGAGAGGACGGCUACCUCUGGGGGCUCGACAACCUCAUUCAGAUCCUAACGGAGUUGUCCCAGAGCGAAGACUUGCAUUAAAGCCGGGUGUCCAACUCUGCCACUACCCCAAAUCCUGCCCCCCAACUGACUCUUCUGAACUGCACUACAAGACACUUUCCAACCCUUGCCCUUCCGAUUUUAAAGCUAUACUCUCCCUAUUUAAGGUGUUUUUGUUGUGUUUUUUUAGGGUUUUUCUUUUUUUUCCCCCCUUUUUUUUGUGUAAAUACAUAGCUAACCCGCCAGAACAAAAGCUGAACUCAAAACCUCGGCACCACAGAUUUGGUGAAGGUGUGCGGUGGUGCCAGCCGCAAGCAGCACAGGAGGGUUUGGUUAGGCAAGUGUGUGCUUUCCCUGUCGUGUUUGUGUCUCUCGCGCGGCCGGAUUUGAGGUGGGCCGCCCUGCCGCCACGGCUCGGCGCUGCCCUGGGGCGCUCCUGCAGCGGUCCAUCCGGAGAGCCCCGGGGUGGCCAGGGCCACCGUCAGCCAAGGCAGGUGACAGCGGGGCGGGAGCCCUUCGGUUGUCUUCUCCAACACCUUUCACCCCAGGAAAUCAGCCAUGCCGCGUCCUUAGGAGUCACUGGAGAGGUGGAUGCCGGGUUUUUCCCCCUCUGCCUGGGGCGUCCCGUGAAACCCCUGGAGGUUCCUCCAUCUCUGCUCGGCCACUUGAUCCACCACCCGGGGACCGCAGAGCUCGGGCGCGCUGGGGGAGAGCGAGGUGGUUUUUAAGGGGCCACUGCGAGACCUAAAGCAGCCGUCCCGCUGGCAGAGGUGCCUCCGCGGCGUGGAGGUGGCCGCGGGGACCGCGCUUGGCGAAAGGGGGGCGAGGCGGGCCCGUGCCCUGCCGAGGGUGGAGGCUAUUUUUUAACUUCCUGGAACAUUUGAACCGAGUGGCUCGCUCACACCAGCGCCAGCUCGCUAAAGGUCAGCCAUCGGCGGGGCGGCGGGGAGGGGAGGCCACCGCCCGCGCUUGGUCUUCGGGGCAAGCCUGGACGUCCCUCGGCCGGAGGACGCGGGGCGUGGGCUGCUCCCCGUGAGCGACAGAGGCCGCGCAGGAGCCUGGCCAGGGUCACCCCCUCCGCUCGCUCCAUGCCCCAAGCCGCUGUCUCGCCUCCGUCCCCAGGCGCGGAGCUGGAGGGCCCCUCGGCUGCCCUCAGGUGGCCACAGCUUCCUCCGUGAGGGAGGUCUUCUCCUGGCAGCGACAAGGAGGAGAAGGAUCUGGCCAUCGGUUGUUCUGCAGCCGUGCCCCAGCCUCUUCCCUGAAGAUUUAAAAUCUCCCAAAUUAUUUUUUGCAGUUCAUACCCCACCGGGCGCGUCUCUCGCUCCCGUGAUGCCAUUGUAGGUGGCUGCACUGUCCUAGCUCCUCGCCAGGCUGCCUAGACUAGCCCCGGUGGAAGUGCCUUAUAGACAUGCCUGUUACAUUAGUGUCAUGGAAAAGGUUGGGUUUUUUUUUUUAAGUUAUAUUUAUUUUCAUCCCAUUUUAAUUGCACAAAACACUAAAACUUAAUGCAUGGAAUCCCUCUUUUUUUAAAAAAAAUACUGUGUUUUUUAGUUUUUAAACCAUCCCUUUUCCAGCUCUGGAGGAAGGGUUUGAACAGAUAUGCAUAGAUACGAACCAGUUAUCGCUGUACUUUAGCUUUGAGUUGCUCUUAUAUAUGUACAUUAUUUUUUAAGCCUGUUUAUAAACCAGAUUCCUUGCUUUGUGGCUUCGAAAGAAGCAGGUUGUUUCUCUCAGAUGUCUUAUGCCUUUCUGGAGGCUGGAACGGUUGCUGUGAGGUAUUUCCCCCGCUCCCACCUCCCAUUUCGGUCAUGGGGUGAUUCGGAGACAAAUCCAAACUGUUCUGAACCGCCAACGCACAGUGCCUGUAAAAAAACCCUGUAACUUUCCAAAUAAAGGCAUAUGGGAACCAUC